AUGCCCAAGUUUUACUGUGAUUACUGUGAUACCUAUCUCACUCAUGAUUCUCCAUCUAUGAGGAAGACCCACUGUAGUGGAAGGAAGCACAAAGAGAAUGUGAGAGACUAUUAUCAAAAAUGGAUGGAAGAGAAAGCCCAGAGCCUGAUUGAUAAAACAACCAUGGCAUUUCAGCAAGGAAGAAUUCCUCCCAAUCUUUUCUCUGCUCCUCCACUAGGAGGGCCUAUGAUCCCACCUCCUCACCCUAGCAUGAUGGGGCCUCCUCCUGGCAUGAGGAUGCCUAUGGGAGGUCACAUGCCUAUGAAGCCUUGUCCCCCAAUGAUGAGACCCCUUCCCCAUCUCAUGAUGGUCCCCACUUGCCCAGCAAUUCCCAGACCAGACAGAUAA